GCACAACUGAUUGUCGUGUGUCCCUAGAGAUUUACUGGAAGAUCUGUGCCGGUCACGAGAGCUCAGCGUUGGCCUUCAGAAUAACAACUACCCUGUUGACAUCAGCAGAGCAACUUUAUAUUCGCAUAUUGCUACCACCAUACAAACAUCAGCUCUUAUUUUCCAAGAAGAUAGUAAACACAUCGCAAGUUAUUGGAGAAGUGAAACCUUGGAACAUUAAUCGCAAUCAACGUUUAUAUAUUUGUAUUCUGCUGGACCUAGAGAAGCCAGGGAUGGCAAACAGCGGAAGGCGAUUUGGACAAAAUGGAGGCAGCACAAAGCGAAAAGUCAUUGUCAGCGGAGUCCCUACAAAGGAGUUCAACAACAGGAAGGUAGUGGUGUCAACAAAAGACCUGACGCUGGAUGCCAGAUUCACAAUAGCCUCACAGCUGCGACAGCAGACAGCCAGCAGGCAGAGCCAUGGGCGGGAUAAGCUGUUGGCGCAGAAGAGGGGUGUGGCCUCAGCCGAGAAGCCAUCAAAGCGGCAGGUGCAGGCAGAAGGUGAGAGCCAAAAAGGAGGCAGGAAGGGACGCAGCAAAAAGGCCAGGACUAUUUUGGGGGGAGUGCGUGUGCGGCCCACUGCAGUGCCAGUACCGCCCAAGAGCAAGAGCAAAAGGCGCAAACGAGGCGGGAAAAAGAGCAGCAGCAAGAUGCAGGAAUGACACUGCAACCUAAAUUCAAUCUUGUGGAGGCCUCUCCUGAUAUCUCAGUGUCUUG